AUGGCGGAUGCGUUGUUCACAAUCAGACGGAGUUUACAUUAUGAGAGAUGCUCGUCCGCCGCAGCCAUGCGCUCCGCCGCGCGGCGCCGCGGCCGCGCGGCCGUCGCUCUGCUGGCGCUGGCCGCGCUGCUGGCGCCCUGGCUGCCGCGCGGCGCGCGCACGCGGCUCGCGCUCGCGGGCCAAUCGCCCGCCGCGCUCGCGCACUUCCUCGCGGACUUCUCCAACCACGCGCGCCUGCACGCGCACACCACCGGGCCGUGGCAGGUGGAGGAGGAGUCCAACAACAACACGUGCUGGCGCUACGCCGUGGCCUACGAGUGCGGCGCGCUCUGUGUUGGACGUGCGACGGUCGCAGCGUGUGACGCGAACGCGCGGCUCUCGCACGGCGCGUCCGACCGGCACCGCGUGCAGUUCUCCGACCGGCGCUGUUGGGGCCUGCCCGCGCUUUCCUGGCCGCGCUUGUGCGAGAGUCUCGAGACGGAUAGCGUGAUAGGACCGCGGGCGGCAGGCGGUGCGUGGCUUGAGGAGCAGGCGUAUGUGCAGUGCAGCUUGCUCGCGACAGUCGUGGGACACUGCGACGUUCACGCCGCGAGACUGUUGCAUCACCGCGCGCUGCGGGAGGCACUCGGCUGACCGCUACAAUUUGGCCGCAGUACUUGUAACUUGAAAUAGCGAUGGAUUACAAAUUUUUCUGAAUACUCAUUUGAGUAAAAUUUUAAGUAAAGUAAAGGAGUUCAACAGAAUUAUAA